AUGGAUCACAGCUGCGGAAAGUGCAACAAUCCCGAUGACGAUUAUAUGGUUGCUUGCGAUUCCUGCGAGGUAUGGUAUCAUUUGGAUUGUGUAAGCGAAUCUCCGGGAGUGGCAGAACGGGACUUUGUGUGCUUUAAAUGCACUGUCAAGAAGGAGAAAAGAGGAAAGGGGAAAGCUGAUGCUACCGUGCCCAUCAAAUUCAACAAAUCUCGUGUAUCAAAAGGUCCGAAGCCAUCCGAGCCCGAGGGAAAUUACGAUCAAUCCGAAGUUAUUCCGGAUCCGAAUCAAAAGGAGAAAGAAACAGAAUACUCGGAGGAAAACUACCAAAGAAACAAAUCUGAUUUAUCCAAUAGAAGUGAAUCUAAUGAGUUGCGAAGACAGGCGAAAUUCGAACGUUUGGAGGAAGAAAUGCUAGAAAGAGAAAAACAAUACGAACAUGAAAAGGCAUUAAAUGUGAAGCGGUUGGAAUUGGAGGAGAAAUUUCAACGGAAAAAGCUGGAUCAUGAACGGGAAUUGAGGCAGAGGAAGCUGGAUCAACAGCGAGAAAUGUAUCGUAUUCAGUUAAUGGAGGAAGCAGAUUUUGUGAAGCAGCAGACACAGUUCCAAACACUCAGAAGUAAGUUACAGACUAGCGAUGAGAAGACUGACAAUAUGAACACUGGUGCUGACGGUGUUCCCGCAACAUGUAGUAGGAGAAAUCUACCUGUUCCUGAAAUACAAGAGACUCCAAGAUGUAUCCCGAAUUCGAAGUUGCCCGUACCCACUAAGCUGAAGGAAAUGUUUAAGCAUGAUGGUUCUGCAUCGAAUGGCAGUGAGGAAGAGCGAUUAGAAACAAGCGAGGAGGAAUUGGAUAUCGAACCUGAACAAACACCAUCGAACGAGUUGAAGGUAAAAUUCCAGAAGUCCAAAGGAUCAGCGCCAACUAAAGCCCAGAUCGCCGCCCGACAAGUAAUGACUAAGAAGCUUCCUGUCUUCAGCGGUAGAGUGGAGGAGUGGCCAAUUUUCUUUAGCAGCUACACAAAUUCUACAGAGGCAUGCGGAUUUACGGACGUAGAAAAUUUAGUGCGGCUUCAAGAGAGCCUCAAAGGUCCAGCAUUGGAAUCGGUAAGAAGCAGGUUGCUGCUUCCGAAAGCAGUGCCUCAAGUGAUCGAUACUCUGCGUAUGCUUUACGGGCGUCCAGAACAACUCAUUCAUACGUUGUUGAAUAAGGUUAGAAGAACGGAAUCACCUCGUGCCGAUCGCCUAGAGACGUUUAUACCAUUUGCAUUGGCAGUACAGGAGUUGUGCGACCACUUGGAGGCAGCAGAGCUGUAUAAUCAUUUAAUGAAUCCUAUCUUGAUCCAAGAGCUGGUGGACAAGCUGCCAGCUGCAACGAAGCGCGAAUGGGUCCAUUUCAAACGUGCUUCUGUGAAUACAACACUACGAACGUUCGCAGAUUUCGCUUCAGGCAUUGUAUCGGAGGCGAGUGAGGUGAUUUUAGCCGUGGAUCUACAAGGUUCAUCUAAGCCUGACAAGUCAAAGAUGAAGGACAAGGGCUUCAUUCAUGCGCAUAGUGAUGCUACUGCACCACCGCCGUUUAGCCCAUGUCGUGUUUGUAAAACGGCUGGACAUCGCACGAGAAAUUGCGAAGAGUUUCGUCGAUUGAGUUUGGGAGAACGGGUGAAAAUGAUGGAGCGUUUGAAAUUAUGUGAACGAUGUCUGAAUGAACACACAGGAUGGUGUCGUUUUAAGAUCACGUGCAACGUCGGAAAUUGUCGUCUACAACAUCAUCCGCUGGUACAUCGUGAAGCUGUUUCUAAUCCACGAGUUGAUAUUUUCGAUCAAGGACAGUUGCAUACGCAUCUGGAUGGAAAAGUGCCAGUGAUUUUUAGAAUUGUGCCUAUAAAACUACAUAAUGGUUCGCGAACGAUCACUACUGUUGCUUAUCUUGACGAAGGAUUUUCCAUGACCCUGGUUGAAGAGAAUAUUCUACGUGAGUUGGGUAUACAUGGUAAUCCACAACCGUUGACGCUUCAAUGGACGGGGAAUAUAGUACGCCGAGAAUCAUCGUCGGAGUGCGUUUCAUUGCAAGUAGAAAGCGAAGCGGGUCACCGACUAGAUUUGAAGGAUGCUCAUACGGUUAAAAAGUUGUACCUGCCAAAACAGCGAAUUGAUUUUCAUGAAAUCUCCAAUCAGUAUCAGCAUUUGCGGGGUGUGUUGGCCACAAAUCACAUCGGAACCGCGGAACCCAAAGUUUUGAUCGGCCUCAACAACGCACAUUUGCUUGCGCCUUUAGAAUCGAGAGUGGGAAAUGUCAACGAACCGAUUGCUGUCCGCUCACAAUUAGGUUGGACGAUUUACGGGCCAAGAGAAAAUCAACCAUCAACGGGGAUUGUUGGCUAUCACGGCGGUUAUACUAAUGAGGAAUUACACGAAAAGAUGCGUGUGUUUUUUAUGACGCAAGAACCAAAGACUAUUGUGAGUAAGCUUCCUGAAUCAGCUGCGGAUCGGAGAGCACGAGAAUUGCUAGAAACUACUACGGUUAAAGUGGGCGAUCGUUUCGAAACCGGUCUUCUUUGGAAUACGGAUGAUGUGAACUUACCGGACAGUUACAAUAUGGCAUACAAGCGUCUUCAGGGGUUGGAACGACGCCUCUUGAAAGAUCCGGAGCUUCAUGAAAAGGUGAAACAGAAAAUCGAAGACUAUUUAGCUAAGGGCUACGCGCAUAAAGCGACCUCGGAAGAAUUAGCAACAGCGGAUCCCAAAAAGAUCUGGCAUUUACCACUCAGCGUAGUUGUAAAUCCAAAGAAACCUGAGAAAAUUCGGUUGGUUCUUGACGCAGCGGCGCAGGUGGAUGGCGUUUCGCUAAAUUCGAUGCUUCUUGUGGGGCCAGAUUUACUAACCACGCUUGAUGCAGUAGUUCAGAAAUUCCGUGAGCGACAGGUGGCAUUUGGAGGCGAUAUACGCGAAAUGUACCACCAAUUUCGAAUGAAGACGGCCGAUAAGAAUUUCCUACGUUUCUUGUUCCGUUCAAACCCCUCGGCUAAUCCAGAAACGUACUUGAUGGAUGUAGCCAUUUUUGGAUCAGCGUGUUCUCCGGCAUCCGCGCAGUACAUUAAAAAUCUGAACGCGUCACAGUAUGCCAAUCGAUUUCCAGAGGCAUUGAGCGCCAUCGUUCAUAAACAUUAUGUGGACGACUACCUGGAUUGUUCAAACACUACGGAGGAAGCUGUCGAGCGAGCACAACAAGUUCGGUACAUCCACCGUCAAGCUGGGCUAGAAAUUCGUAAUUGGGUUUCAAAUUCAAAAGCGUUUCUUGAAGCUAUGGGCGAAAUCACCUUGAAUGAGGAAGUAUCGCUGAACAGCGGCGAGAGCGAAUUAUGUGAACGAGUUCUAGGGAUUAUUUGGUGA